CUUGAACAGAAUUCCUUCAGACCAAAUUCUGUAGCCCUUCUCCACACAGACUCUCUGUGAACAAGUAUCUUAUCCGCUGAGGUGAAAAAGCACUCACCCCUUGCUAGAAUUCGGUGCCUGAUCCAUUGGGUUGAAUCUCACUUCUCGUGCAUCUGUGCCCUGGGACACUACGUUUCUACAGUUAAGCGAUAUUUCCAAAUACCGGCUUCAAACACGUCGUUGAUACAUAAGGGAAUUGCCUCUCGUUAGCUCGUUUUCCCCACUAUCCGCGUUGCGCCAUGUUGCUCGAAUAUUCUUCUCUAGCUAGGCAUAGUCCACUGAGAUUGACGACGCACGGCGAGAAGCUCCAGCGUUCGGUGUCAAGGCAGAGAGCGUCCGGUAUCGUACUUCGGAGACGAGCACCUCUAGUCAUGGCUUCCCUGGCAGUACAACCAGAGAGACGGAAAAGAGCUUCCGACUGUUAUGCUGUCUUGGGCCUGACUGCACAAGCAGGAGCAGAUGAAAUUCGACAAGCUUACAGACGACUCGCACGCAUUUAUCAUCCCGACGCUAAUUCAGCAGAGGACACAGUACCGAAGUUCCUCGAAGUUCACGAAGCAUAUAAGAUUGCUUUGAGGCGCCAAGAGAGAGCACAGGCCAAGGCUCUUCUAGAACCUCAUUCACCACCAAAGGGUUCCCGACCUCUCAAAACCGCUGGAAAGCCACGUAGAAGAGAAGACUGGGAUGAUAUUUGGGACGACAUUCUGGGGUCCACCACACAAAGAAAAGCUACGAAAAAGCACUGAGUGUCGGUUACCCUCCCAGCGUUGAGGAAUUGUACAGGUGGAACUGGUCACCUAAGGUGGCGCAGUUCAGGCAACGUAUACUCGUGUUGACAUCAGUCACAGGACUGUACUAUGGUCGUCUAGGUGCGCUUGCGCUUCCCUGCACAUGCUGUAGGUCCUCGUCAGCACCAAUCGUGCCAAAUCCUUCCUGUGCACGCAUCCCUUGGUCCUGCUUGAUGACCUAUGAGGUCUGUUGUGUAUUGUAUAUCUUUAGUGUCUUUGCAUUCAAUCUACUGUCAGGAUACUUGUAACAGCUCAAUGUUCCAGUU